GUUGAUGUUUCUACCCUUUGGAAAAAGGAACAUUAACAUGACUUGGGCAUGGACUCGGCAACGAUUGCGUUAAGUGGGAAAUGGCCAUGAGCCUACAUUUUGACCUGUGUUCAUACCUGGGCCCUCUCUUUGACAAGGCAUAUAUACAAACACUAUACAGCAUGGCUGGACUGUGAUUAUGUCCAUAUAGAACAUAACCUCCCAGGACUAGCAGUUUACAUCAUGCAACCAUAACACCGACUACAAUACAAGAUGCAAACACUCGUGUGCUCUAGUCACUGGAUCACGGCUGUACUAGUCUUCCUGGUAGUGGGACUACUGACACUCAGGAUCAUCAGAAGCCCAAAGAACCUCCCACCCCUGGUGUCACCGUGGUUCACAUUAAGAUUCCUAGCCAGUGCCAUCCUCGGAGGAGGUGUGACAGCCGCGAUCAUAAAACACAAGGACGAUUUGAGCGCCGAGAUCAGCCGAUGUGGGCUGGGAUUCAGGAACCAUUUCAUCUUCCUUAACACCCACGAGGCGGUGAAGGAAGUGUUCAGCAAGACGGGGGAGGACAUCGCUGGGAGACCGAAGUUUAUGAAGCUGGUUUCAAAUGGCCUAGGAGUCCUGGGCUCUGAGGGCCGCAUCUGGAGAGAGCAUCGUCGCUUCUCGCUCAACACCCUGAGAGACUUCGGCAUGGGCAAGAUAGCCAUGGAGGACAAGGUCCUGGGCGAGGCUCUCGUCGCAGUCAAAGAACUCGCGAGAUUAGACGGGAAAUCCUUCGACGUCUGGCGGACACUUGGUAUAGUAAUAUCAAACGUCAUCUCUAGUGUAGUUUUCGGGCGAACAUUCGAGCAUGAUGAUCCAACUUGCGAUCUAUUUUUGAACACUUUCAACCAGAAUGCUCAAGGCAGUUGGCGAAGGAGUGUUCUCAUUUCGUUCCCGUUUUUACGUCACGUGCCACGAGAUCCGCUUGGAUUUUAUGAAUUCAGAAACUGCCGCGAUAAAGUUGACGAACUGAUCGUGGGCAGUUUUGAGGAGCAUCGGAAAGAUUUUGACGAGAAUAAUGUGCGGGAUGUUAUUGAUGCCUACUUGGUUGAAAUGACUCGACAACAAGAGAAGGACACAGACACGACAUUUACAGUGCCACAGAUGACGAGACUCGUGUUCGACCUGUUCUCGGCGGGAUCCGAGACCACCGCAACCACCCUGAGAUGGGCCCUGAUGAUGAUGAUUCUUCAUCCUCAGAUACAGUCACGUGUUCAAGAGGAGAUUGAUGACGUGAUUGGUGGAGAGGGCCUGGUGAAGAUGGCGCACCGUCAGAGGAUGCUGUACACCGAGUGUGUUCUAAUGGAGGUUCAAAGAUUCGCCAGUCUGGUGGUCAUGGUGCCACACCGGGCAAUGAAAGAUGUCAACAUCCUCGGUUAUACGAUACCAGAAGAUGCCAUGGUUGUGGCCAACCUCUGGCGUCUCCAUAGAGACGAGAAGAUCUGGCCAAACCCAGACAAGUUCGACCCGAAUAACUUCUUGGAUGAAAACAAUGAGAUUAUUCGAAGGGAACACUUGGUUCCUUUCGCCGUGGGAAAGCGACAGUGUCUCGGUGAAGGAAUGGCCAAAAUGGAACUCUUCAUCUUCUUCGUCACAUUCCUGCAGCGGUUCACCUUCAGUGUCCCUGAAGGUCACACCCCGCCAUCAUCGGACGAGUACAUCGUUGGGAUCGUUCGGGGCCCGAAGAGAUUUCUCAUGAAUGCUGUUAAACGGUAAUGGUAGGCCAGGCGUUCACCCUGCUGACGAAACCUAGCGAAGGUUCGAGAGUGAAACCCGAUUGACCGAGAGGAGAGGAGACACUGGUGCUCGAUCUGAAGAGUGAUUCAAGGAUGGCUGAACCGAUCAGCCUUAUGCCAGAUUGACCAACCAAGUUGUUAUGAUGUUCAUCUGAAAGAUUCUUUGAAUAAUCAACACGAUUUCGGAAUACCAAAUGGUGCAAUCAGCGUUGAAUAGGCGAACCAAAAGCAGCCUUGUUGACUGACAUUCAGCUAAUGUUGAAUCAGCUUGAAGACCCAAAUUCGAUAUUCCAACAAGAACCCAUUGUUAAG